CAAAGGAUAGUUGCCCUGGCUAGUUUAAUCCGGGCUUCGUCGCACAAGUAGACAGAAGAGAUAAGGACCUACAUUUGCUUGACCCUUGUGUACAGAAGCAAUCGUCGGGCAAAUGUUGUCAAUCCAGUUUUUCGGCUGCUUUGAGGAGAGAACCGGCGAGCGCGCAGUCGGUGUUCGUAAUUGCAGCUAAACUGUGCCAAAGAAAUCAGGCCAUGACAGAAAAUUCUUCAGUAACAUAAUUUAUUGACCGUCUAAACAACAUACUCUGAAAGAAACAGUAAAGUCAAAUUAGUCAAAACCUAGCAACUAUGUGGUAUUCGUUGAUUUACACAGCUCUUUUAUCGCUUGGUUGGUGUGGAGUGCUUUCUUUAGCCAGUGCACCACAUACUCCUGCUACGAUGCCAAACAAAGAACCUCGUCCCGUAGUGCUGGUUACGAACAAGGAAACGCCGGAGAAGGGCAUCGACAAGUUGCGGCAAAAAUGUGAGGUCAUCUUUCCCAGCAGUCAUCCGGCGACAAGGGAAGAAAUUCUCGAGCUAGCGGGCCAGGUUGACGGUAUCAUGUGGGUUGGCCAUAUGGCACUGAACGGAGAAGUGCUAGACCGUGGUGGUUCUCGCCUGAAAGCCAUCUCCACCAUGUCGGCCGGCAUGGAUUACGUGGACCUGGAGGAAUUUAAAAAACGUCGGUUCCCGCUCGGCUAUACACCGAUCGUGCUGAACGAUGCAGUGGCCGACACGGCAAUCGGACUGAUGAUUGCUGCCGGACGGCGCUUCCACGAAGGUCGGCUCGCUAUCGAGGGAUCUCAGUGGAACGGUGGUCCCCAGUGGAUGUUGGGGCGAGAUAUUAAACGCAGCACGGUUGGAAUCGUCGGAUUUGGUGGCAUCGGUCAAACGAUUGCAAAGCGUUUACAAGGAUUCGACGUCGGCCAGUUGCUGUACUCGGGACGACGGCCGAAACCGGAAGCCGAAGCACUAGGGGCGAAGCUGGUUCCACAGGACGAGUUGCUGCAGGAAAGUGACUACGUCGUGCUGGCUGUUCCGCUAACUAACGCAACGUACCACAUGAUGAACGAAACUACGCUUAGCAAAAUGAAACCCACAGCGGUGCUGGUUAACGUUGCUCGUGGCGAUCUGGUCGAUCAGAAGGCGCUGGUGAGCGCCCUCAAGAAGGGUACAAUAUUCGCGGCCGGCCUGGACGUGAUGUCUCCUGAGCCGCUGCCAGCGGACGACGAGCUGAUGACACUUCCCAAUGCCGUCAUCAUUCCGCAUCUCGGCUCCGCAACGGUGCGAACGCGAAACGACAUGGCCGAGAUAGCAGCUCUGAAUGUUCUCUCGGGAAUCGCUGGUGCUCCGAUGCUAUCACCCUAUCCGCUGUCUAUGUCAUCAGCGUAGGCCAGAAUCUGGCUGGACUUGAGGCAGAUGGUCUAUGAAAUCUUCACUUCUGAGUCCCCGAUGGUCAGCGUCGAAUCAGUUUGGUGUUUUCACCAUGCUCGCCCAUAACUUCUUUGGCGCAGUUGCUGAUACAUGGUUUUAGAACGAUUCCGAGCCAUUAUCGAAAUAAGCGACGAUAUUUUAAUACUUACAAAAGUUGACGUUCUCUGGAAAGGGUUGAUCUACACUAAGUUUCAAAAGCAAUGACAGAAAUAAAAUGACGAAGAAGAUCAACGAACCAGAACUUUCAAAGAACUUUGACAACAUAACUUGUAUUUGAAAGUACAGUUGCAAAAGGAUCUGCAUUAAUCCGCAGGAGGGGGCGGGUAUGGUGACGGCAUGAGAUUGCGCCGCAAACCUGCCAACACAUUUUCAACCGCUCGUAAGGCCAUUUCGUCUCGAGUUCUUUUUGUAGCUGUUCCCAAGUGGGGCACCAAUACUGUGAA